UUUAGUAGUGAAGUUCCAAUCUGGGCCCAGUGGUGAUCCAGCCGAUGAGAUUGGUCUCUGUAUAUAUGGCCGUGUGCUAGAAGGUAUAAUAGGAAGAAAUGCCUUCACACGAGCAGCUGGUUGGGGUGUGGAAGAAGCUUCAGGCUCAGUUGCUUUUGCACAGGGACAGAACUUUGAAAUGACCAUCCUCUGUGAUCCAAUGUGUUUCAAGAUUGCCUUGAAUCAGCAACAUUUUGCUGAAUUCAGCCAUCGGACCAACCCAGCUACGAUGAAUUACAUCAAUGUUGCCUCCUCAAGCCAAGAUAUCACUCUUGCCUGUGUCUGGAUUGAGGACUCAGCUCCUCCACCUCCUGUGCAGCCUCCCUAUGGUGCUCCUGGUGCUGGUGGUCCAUAUCCUCCACAGCCUAACUAUGGGCCUCCUCCACCUUACUCAGGGGGUCCUGGCUAUGCUCCUCCAAUGUAUCCUAACCAGCCGUAUCAGCAACAAGCAGCACCUCCUGGUCAAUAUGGGUCACCCCAACACCAUGGGUCAGGAAGUGGUGGUGCCAAAGGAUUAUUGGGUAUGGCAGCAGGUGCAGGGACAGCCCUUGCAGGGGCCCUAGGAGCAUCACACUUAAUUGGGAAAUCCAAGGGUGGAUACCCAGGUGGUGGAUACCCAGGUGGUGGAUACCCAGGUGGUGGAUACCCAGGUGGAGGAUACCCUGGCCAUGGGGGCUCCCAUGGUGGAGGAAUUCUGAACAAGGCCCUGGGUGUUGGAGGAGCUCUUGCAGGAGCCAAAAUGCUCUCAAAGCCAAGUAAAGCCAUGAAAUAUGGCGUGCCACUGGCCGGCCUGGGAGCCCUUGCUGGAGGAGGGUACAUGAUGCACAAAGGCUUCCAUCAUGGGUCUUCCUCCUCUUCAGGCUCCAGUGAAGAAGAGUGAACUGUUGAUUUGCUUAGUGGUGGGUUAUGGUGUCUGUGACUGAAUAUUUGGCCAGUUUUGCUUUAUAAAACCUUUUAUUCUUUUUUUGUCAUACAUAUUCCUAUUAUAGCAUAUUAUAUCUGUUAUAAAGUAAAUUUUGAACCUCACAUGUCAGGCAGUCACUGGCCCAGCACUUUUAAUGUAUUAGGGCAGUGAUUUCAAUCUGGCAGUAAUUAGUUUGCAUGACCAUCGCUCAGCCAGGUUUGGCAUCACCACCACUCCAUAUUUUUAACAUCUAUCACAGCUGCCUUAUAGUGGCUGAAGCUAUUGUAUUGCCUUGGAUUACCAAUAUUUUACCUCAUUUAUCAGUAAUAUGCUUCAGUGUAUGUAUUUUGUCUUUUAUAUCCUAAUCCUCACUGGGUUCCAGACUUCCCAGACAGGUGAGGUUCAACCUGUAAUAUGGAAUUGGUAAUGCUUAGUACGCAUUACACAUUUUGAGUUAUAUUUUGUUGGACUCUUUCAUAGAGGUAUAUACAUAUAUACACAUAUAGAUAUCUAUAUAUUUUAAAUUAGAUAAAUAACCUAUUAAUUAUUUGAAAAUCUCAUGUGAAUAGUUUUUUUGUAUACUGCCCCUACCAUUUUGUUCCAUAGGGAGAACUUGGAAACUUAUAGAUUAUUUAGGAAUGUUAAUACAGUAUUAAGUGCAUAGCUAAGAGACUGUUUUAUGAAACAACAUUGGUUACCUAUUGUUGUAUAAUACAAAAUAUAAAAGUAAAGAUAUUCUAUA